CUCAAAAAAAAAAAGCAUUUAAAUGAUUAAUUUUAUUUCUUUAAAAACAUUUGUAGCCAAAGGCCACGUUAGGAGCAAACGUGGCACUGUGGCAGAACUCAAACCGAUUUUAAACACGCAAAUACGCAGCCUCUACUUUCUCUCUCCUCAAAUUUCAUCUCAUCAUGGAAGAAUCGGCACCGCCGUCGGCAGCGCUCGAGCGCGUAAAGAAAGGAUUUGUGGCGUUUGGUGCUUCCUUGGAAGAAGGGUUCGGGUACGUGAGAGCCGCCGUGGUGGGUUUCACCAAAAAGCUGACGGCCAAGUCGGAGGAGGACGCCACCGCCGCCGACAUGCAGGCGGCCAAGAUGCAGGUCGCCGCCGCCGACCGCGCUGAGGAUAUCAAGAAGGGGCUUCAUCAUUAAUUAUGGGAUAUUUGUACAUAUUUCCAUCUAUCGUUCCUUUUAGUUUUAUGGAGUAUUUAAGUGAAUUAAUAAAGAAGUAUAUUUUAUGAGGGGGAAUUGUCUGUAAUUCAUAGUAACAUUUAUUCGAAAUUAGUUUUUGCUUCUAA